UGGGGAUGAGCCCGACUCAUUUGACUGGCUACAAGUCUCGCAAACUCUUACCGUGUUUAAGCGCACUCUUAUUUUGUGAUUUCUCGUUGAUAUUUUGUUCUUGCAUGUGCACGUUUUGUGUAUUUGUUCUUUUGAGUUGUUCAACGUUUGUGAACAUUUGUUGCCUGUGUUCAUUUGAGUUCAUCUCUGGUUUUGUAUAUUUCCCGAAAUACCAUUAAAAGAGAAUCUGAUUGGUCAAGGGGCGGGGCUUACUGUCUGCGCGGACGCUCAUUGGAUGAGCGUUCUGUCACUCAGGCGCGGCACGGGGUUUUAUUUUUAGACCCCAGCGAGGUGCAACAGCAGCUGAAUGAAGUUCAGCGGAUCCGAGGAAUUUCACGGCGGAUUCACGUUAUACUCUUUCCUCGCGUCGCCGACACAUGGAGCCAGUUCCAAGCGGCUGGUUCACCGUGACUCGCUGUUUUGGCUGUGUGUCGGCUGACUUUGAGUUGUGUUACGUGGAGUAACAGGUUUAAUAAGGCGCGCUUGUUGAAACAUUUCGGCAUGAUAAAAACCUAACGUUACUAUUAACUACGUUUUUGCAGUCAUACUUGACCAAAUUGUCAUCGCAGGAUACCUGUGGGUUGUUAGAGAACAUGCAGCCUUCGUGAGGGGCUUCACAGUGCGUGUCAUUAGAUGAGGUCUUGUGAGUUUAAUAAACAGCACAGUCAAUGGGACGUCAGUCAGACUAGAAAACAUAUAGGGCGCAUCCAGUCACUGUAAACGCAGCUCGUUGGAUAGACCUGCUUUGGAAAUGUCGGCGAUAUCUGCGUCCGAGAAAGUGGAUGGAUUCACGCGGAAAUCGGUGAGGAAGGCUCAAAGGCAGAGGAGUUGUCAGGGCUCGUCUCAGUUCGCGGCGGGCAGCAGCAGGCCUGCGGCUCCGGAGAUCUCUGCGCUCCCGCAGCUCAAAGAUGCAUCUUCCACAGAGCAGCAUGAGCUGUUCAUGCAGAAACUACAGCAGUGCUGCGUAAUGUUCGACUUUUAUGACACAGUGACUGACCUAAAGAGCAAAGAGACCAAACGGGCCACUCUCAGUGAACUUGUGGAUUAUGUGUCCACUAACAGAGGAGUUCUGGUAGAGCCUGCCUAUCCUGAAAUCACCACCAUGGUUAGCACAAAUAUUUUCAGAACGCUUCCACCCAGUGAAAACCCUGACUUUGACCCAGAAGAAGAUGAACCCACUCUAGAAGCCUCCUGGCCACACAUGCAGUUGGUGUAUGAGUUUUUCCUUCGAUUCCUAGAAAAUCCAGACUUCCAGCCAAGUACUGCCAAACGUUAUAUUGACCAGAAGUUUGUGCUACAGCUCUUAGAACUGUUUGACAGUGAAGAUCCUCGAGAGAGAGAAUUUAUAAAAACGGUUCUGCAUCGCAUCUAUGGGAAGUUUCUGGGUUUGCGUGCCUUUGUUCGGAAACAGAUCAACAACAUUUUUCUGAGAUACAUCUAUGAAACUGAGCACUUUAAUGGAGUUGCUGAACUCCUUGAGAUUCUGGGCAGUAUUAUCAAUGGCUUUGCUCUGCCGCUGAAGGCUGAACACAAGCAGUUCCUCAUGAAGAUCCUCAUUCCCCUGCACACUGCCAAAGGACUCGCGCUGUUCCACGCACAGCUGGCCUACUGUGUGGUUCAGUUCAUAGAAAAGGACCCGACCCUCACUGAAGUGGUGGUUCGUGGCCUUCUUAAAUUCUGGCCUAAGACGUGUAGUCAGAAAGAGGUCAUGCUUCUAGGGGAAAUUGAAGAGAUCCUGGACGUGAUCGAACCUACGCAGUUCAAGAAGAUUCAGGAGCCUUUAUUUAAGCAAAUCUCUAAAUGUGUAGCCAGCCCUCAUUUUCAGGUAGCAGAACGAGCACUGUACUACUGGAACAAUGAAUACAUUUUGAGUUUAAUAGAGGAGAAUAAUGCCAAAAUCCUUCCCAUCAUGUUUGGAAACUUGUACCGGAUCUCCGAAGAACACUGGAACCCGACGAUCGUGGCCCUGGUGUACAAUGUAUUAAAAACACUGAUGGAGAUGAACAGCAAACUGUUUGAUGAACUGACGGCUUCAUACAAAUGUGACAGACAGCGAGAGAAGAAGAAAGAGCAGGAACGUGAGGAACUGUGGAGGAAGCUGGAUGAACUCGGACUUCAGGAGACAUCAGCCAUCCAGAAUAACAGGCAUGAGAUCCAGUUCACGUACAGCAACAACAAUAACAACAACAACAACCUUCACGAUAAGGAUGAAAACCCAGCAGCAGCCAUUACUGACAGAAUUGAGAGCAACACCUGGGCCAAAUGACACUGCCCUCUUUCUUCUUUCCUCAGUGUUUUGCGGGUUUACAGAUGUAAACCAAUGUAGAGAGCAGUAAGGAUAUGGACCUUCAGCAAUAAUCAUUUUUUUAAGGAAGAUUUUAUUAGAUUUUUUUCCCCAAAAAUCUAUGUAAAACUAAAUCAAAAUGCUAUUUUCUCCUGCUAAAGGAUAAUAUAUUUUCUGUAUGUAAAUCUAUUUUGGAUGUAAAGUGUGGUUAUAGUAAGUUAUGGAAGUGCGAUCACAUUUGCUCUUCAGUGAAUUUUCACUAGUGAAAUUCAGAAAUUCCAAUAGAAUUUCUCUGGAAUUUCACUAAUGUGACUGCAGUUAUAAUCAGUAUUUUUGUCUGAAAUUGUCUGGAACUGAAAUUGUCUACAUGUACAAUAGAAUUAUAAAAUAAUAAUAGUUUUAAAAUAGUACUUUUGUUAUAUUAUGAGGGAAUAUAUCUUGAAAGGAUUUAUUUUUAAUUAUUCUUAUUCAAUUUGGCUUCUAGUUUUUACUAGAAAACACGACAAAAAUACUGACAAAAUAAAUAUUUUUGGCGGUGAGGGUUAUAUUAAGACACAUGAGCAAGCUUUAAAAAUGAAAUGUCUGUUUAAAAAAAGCAAACACUACCAUGAGUUUGAAAUGUAUUUUGACAUAAAUGUGACCUAAGCUGAAUAUUAACAUUUGAUGCCUAUAGUUCACAUGAUACGUAAGUUAUAUUCCAUGGAAGUGCCAGAAAUUAGCCUUAGAAAUGCAAAAAGUGAAGCACAAAUGUAGUGAACCUGGUCAGAAAGCCCUGUCCAAGAUGAAAACGUUUUUUUUUUUUCUCAUAAUACCAGCCUUGCAUUAUAAAUGCAACAUCUUUAAAUAUUAUAUUUUAUUAAAAAUGCAUUGCUUUCUGUAUAAUUUGGAUCCACUAUGCAUUUCGCAGGUUUGGGAUUAAAUCAAAUAGAUCAUUCUUAGACGUAACUUAACUCAGGGAUAACUAAUGCUCCCACAUGUUAUAGAAUGGUGACAAAGGGUUUUUGUUGUUGUUUAUUUUCUCAAAAAUAGAAAAAAAUUGUAAUAUGUUUAAAUAACCGAUAUUAUAAAUGAGACUCACUGACAUUCCAUUCAACAUUCUAUUGUUUUGCUUCAACCAAAAAUGGUCUCAUCGCUAUGCAGUUAUGUUUUCAUGAGAUUUCCUGUGAGAAUGUGUAAAAUAACCUUGUUGUUAUGUGCUAUCCUGCAUUAAAAUGCCAGGCUGAUGUUUAUUUUUUCCCCAUGUCAUAUUAGUGUUCUGUAUGCGUAGGAUAACAGCAAAGACCCAAGACGUGUCACUC